AUGCAGGGCACCGAGCAUCUGUCGUCAUCCACUCUAUUCUGGGCCAAGAUGACCCAGGCGGAGCUCUGUCCUCACGUCGCCCGGCGCUGUGGGGGGCAGGGGAGGGCAGCCAGCCAGCACAAGAGGUGGAGGGAACACAGAGGAGAGGGCUUCCUGGAGAAGGGGCCGCACUGUGCCAGGUGGCCCCAAGGAAGGGACCCAGGCAGGAGCAACCGAGCGUGCAAAGGCCUGGAAGCCACAGUGACUGCUGGGUGGGCAGGGUGGGCACAGCUGGAGGGUGGGGUGAGGGACAGCGAGGAGGCCAGGAGACGCCCCUUGCUACCUGGAGGACCUCACCCUCUGGGGCACCGGGCAGGGAAGAGGGCGCUGGCUGGGUGCCCAGGUGUCUGCGUCCGGGUGGUGCAAACGGCCCUAAGCCACUGCAGACACAUCCGGCUCCUGGUGUGGAGGAAAUGCUCACGUGACCAGCUUGGGAGGGGCAGGGAGGGGAGGGGGCACGCGGAAUUCCAGCCUCCGCCCAGCGAAGCCUUGGCCUUUCCAGAGCAGCCGUGA